CCGUGCCCGUGCGCCUGCGCGGAGCGCGGCGGCGUCAUGGCGGUGCCGGGCGGAGGUGCGAAGGACGACUCGUUCAACGUGCUGGACCUGGCAGAGUACACCAAGAACCGGCCCUGGUGGCGCAAGAUCUUCGGCCCCAGCUCGGGGUCGAGCGCUGAGAAAUACAAUGUGGCCACGCAGCUGCUGAUCGGAGGGGUCACGGGAUGGUGUACUGGAUUCGUCUUCCAGAAAGUCGGAAAGCUGGCAGCAACAGCGGUGGGAGGUGGCUUUUUCCUACUUCAGAUUGCAAACCACACGGGAUACAUCAAAGUGGACUGGAAUCUGGUACAACGGGACAUGAACAAAGCCAAGGAGCAGCUGAAAUUUCACAGCAGUGGUAAUAAAAUGCCUCCAGAAGUGAAAAGCAGAGUGGAUGAGGUGAUCAUAUUUCUAAAGAAGAAUGUUAUCCUGACUGGAGGGUUUACUGGAGGAUUCUUGAUCGGAAUGGCAUCCUAGAAGCUGCACUUGACUCUCCUUUCAUGCCCAACCUCCCCUCCCCUCCUGUACUGCUGUUAUCUCUCACUUAGAAGUCAAAGGAUGUUGCCAACAGACUCAGUCCCUUCUGCUCACAGGUUCCAGCCCUUAUUUCUUACAACGCUGCUUCUGAUUUCCACAUUUUUCAUCAGUCUGGGCUGUCAGUGUGCUGGGAUCAGUCUGAAAGCUUAUGACUCCCAGUGUGUCAUUAUGAUUCCUUUCCCCACCGAAUACACCCAGUCCCAAAUUUUCUGAUGAGUUGCAAUCUCAUAAACAUGUAGUGGCAGAGAAAUCUUUUAAAUGUGCUUUCCACAGGCGCUCAGGACUCUUACAUGCACACUUGUCUGCCAGUAUAUGUGUACAACAGCUGUCAGCUGUUCACCGUUUAGCUUUCAGUAUUCCUGCCCUGGUACCUGGAAAACCUGUGCUUCCCUCUGCACACAGGUGGUCUGUGCAAUCCAAAAUGUGGUUGGCUGUCCUGGGGCGAAUGCAGAAGUGUCAGAGCACAGCCUGAGCUGUGUCCAAGGCAGGUGAAUAAGGAUUCUCCUGCCCUCCCCCUGCCAUUGCACUGCACAGAUGGCUGUUCUGCUUCCUCUCUGCUGUUAAAUUUCCCCGUACUGGAAUUGCAGCACUGCACUGCUGAUGGAAACUGAGUCUCCAGGCCCUUUCCUCAUCAUACAUUCUGAAAGCCACCAAGCUCCCUGUGCUGUAGAGCACCUUCUCAUUUGCCACCUGACUGCUCAGCCUUUGAGAGUCUCUCCUUCCAGCAGGCCCAACCUGUCUGGGCCUCUGACUGGUGUUUCUGUGUCUACCAUGACCUUCUCUGGUCACUUUGGCAUUGAAGAGCAAUAGUGUAACCAUGUGAGGCAGGGUGGUAGACAGGAAAUACAUCCCUGCUUGGGGUACGUUGUACUGGGCUAGGGUUGCCAGCUCUACUGGAGCAGGGGGAUGAUGUGAAAUCUGGAGUUGAGUCCUUCACCUGUCUCUGCAGAGCACACACUCCAUCUCCCUGGCCUCUGCAAGCAACUGAAAUGACAAAACUAUUGGGAAAACCAGGUUGUAGUCUUGUGGGAGUGGCUCAUUUGCAUACUUUCUGCCUUGGUUAUGUUCCUUUCUUCUUUGUGUUUGCCAUUUCCACAAGAAAGGCUGCUUGCUUAAUUCCAUCAGCUGCAGCCCUUCUCCUGCAGGUGAUGAGGCAGUCAGGUGCAGAGCUCAGCUGUGUUUGGACAGCCUGGCCCAGUACAGCUGUGUGCAGAGCAGAACUGUACUAGAAUUUCUACAAGAGAAAAUUACAAACAGAAAUCCCUCCGAGGUAUUCUGCAGGCAUGGAGAUUUGCAGGCCAGCACGGUGAUGUCCUCCAGCAGGUAUAUGUGGGAGUUCUGGCCCAGAACGUGGGGUUUUAUGGGAAAGUCAGCCCAUCCUUCAAUGGGAAACACGCUGGGAACAGUGACACUCAGGGGUGAUUGGUUUGCAGCACCUGGCUCAGCAGCUGCACCCCAUUUCCAGUGCUGUGUGAUGCAUUUGUGAUCUGCUGCCCUCAGUAUGGCUGGAAAUGGGAUCUUCCCCUGAGAGCUGCUGGAAGAGCUGAAAGGGUGGGUUCUUCCACCAGAGGUUUUGGAAUGAGCACUUGCAGUUGUUAAUUUUGUUUCAGCUCUGUUGAUUGAAGUGUCAGGGUAGCAACACAGUGAUUAAACUGAGGUUUUCUCUCCUUCAGAAUCUGAAAAGAGGCUGCAGAUAACCAAGAGACACAGGUUGUGUCUUUGCUCCUGUCCUGCCACAUGUGGCCAAGGAGAAUGAGGGAGCAUCUGGGUUCACAUCCUUUUAACCAUGGCCUUCCUAAAAGCCAUCCAGGACUGCAGGGAUGAUGUGGUGCAGCCAGUAGGUCUCCAGUAAAUUGGUGUUUGGCAGUGGAGUGACAGAUGGUGGUGGUGGUUUUUGGGGUUUGGUUUGGUUUUUUUUUUGCUGUAGUACCUGCGGAAAUGAAUGUUCAUGAAUGGAUACAUUUGUCUUGCAGGGUAUCCCUUGUUCCUGUAGGGAAACAGCACUGCUGCCCUUUAACUGGGUGGGCUGCAUAGCACAGCUUCUUCUGAGAUGCACUGAUGUCCACAAAGCUCAAAGCAAAUCACUAACAGACCUUAGGAAUGUUUUCCAGGCUCAAAUAAGUCACUAUUUCUGCCCAGCCCUAGGGAAGGGUAUACUGGGGUUCUGGAGUCCCAGUUUGCUGCUACGGAGAGAAAUGGCCCAGAGGGGGAGCUAAAACGCCUCAAUUGCUGCUGGAAGGAGAAACAAGUAGCAAGUUCUCGUUGAGUUUGCUGUGAAUGUAGGCAGGGAGUGGACAAGGACAUCGGGAUGUGGCAAAUCUUUCUGCUGUGCCAGUGUUGGGCUCGUGGCUGGCACUGUUUCAUGCUGUGGGCUCACACUCAAAAGCUUUGAUGCUGAAUCAGCCUCUGUGGGGGUGCAUUUUCAUUGUUGCAGGUGCCAAGAUGAGGUGUCCCUCCCCUCCCCACUCCUGCUCCUUCUAGUCUUGUUUAAACAACUUCUGACAUCUGUUACAGUGCGAGAAGAUUUCAAACACAUUAAGCUUUUAAAGUGGUUUUAUAUAUUGUAUGUAAAUGCUUGUUGAAGUGAUAUUUUAUUAAACAGUUUUGCUCUAAUA